ACAUUGACUGACUGAAGACAAACGAACCAGACGAGAGAUGAUUCAGAUCCUCCUGGAUCCAGGUCUCAUCAGUCUGACUGGAUCCACCUGCUGCUGCUGCUGAUAUAAACCGUCAGUCGGAGGAGGUUCACCUCAGACCAGACCCGGGACCAUGUCGGCCGUUAAAUCCGGAUCAUCUCUGCGGAGUCUUCUUCUGACCCCGGAGCGGAUCCCGCACUUCCUCAUCCCGUCCCGCGGUCCGCGCCUCCUCCUCUCCCCUCACCGGAGCUCCGUGGACCGGGUCAGGCUUCUGUCCGACCACGACGACGACGACACUAGUCCUGGAGCGAGUCCCCCCGCCACCCCGCUCAGUCCCGCGGCCUCCCCCCGGUUCCUGCUCCGCCUACCGCCGCGGAUCAGAGCCCCGCGCCGCGCCGCUGCAGCGGCAGAGUGCGCGGACACGGACACGGACCUGACGACGCGCGCGGCCAUGUCGCUGCCGCACGUGGACAAGGUGACCACGCCCUACGGCUUCCGCGCCGUGCUGGCCGCGAGCCCGUGCACGCGCCGGCGGGAGUCCCUGUUCCACCGGAACAAACCGGUCACUGUGAUGGUCACAGACACAGAGCUGCGGGAGCCGGUGGACCCCCCUGGCCCCGGUCCCGGCCCUGGUCCCGGCCCUGGUCCCGGCGCCGGCAGGGCCCGGGUCUGUCUGCGGCCGGUCAAAGCUCUCGGUCUGCAGGUGAUGAGGGAGCUGAAGAAACCUGCCGCCGCCCUGAGGGCGCUGAGUCCCGCCGCCCGGAGGACCGACGCCUGCUGAUCACAAACAUAUUUUAAUAUAUAUUUUUUUAUGUUUCCGACCUUCAUCGUCGCCCGCGGGACUUUACCUGAACACAUGAAUAAAUCUUUAUUUAAAUGUGACCAGGAACAAACACUUCCGGUGCACGUGGUCUCUGGACCCACUGUUUAUAUAAAUUAAUAAAGAUCUUAAUAUUUA